AUGGGAUUGUGGACAUUACUCGAGGGGUUACUGCUUCUUGCAAAUGCGCUAGCAAUACUAAAUGAGGACCGCUUUCUUGUACCUAAAGGAUGGGGUAUGUCAGAUUUUUCAGGAGGCAGGACAAAAUCUUUCAAAGGCCAGAUUAUAGGUCUCAUUUAUGCGACUCAGUACCUAAGACUUCCCCUCAUACUUUUUAACUCCAUCUUCAUUAUUGUAAAGUUUGUUUCUGGGUGA